AUGCCUCGAUCCCGUCCCGCCACGACGGGCUACGAACGCCUCACCCAGGCCGACGACCACAGCGACGACUCCGACGAAGAUCCCCUCUCCCAGUCCUACGCCUCCCUCCAGCCCGCUGGCGCGCCCCGACAUGUUCACACCUCGCAACCGCGCCAUCGCUCCGGCAUGGCCAGCCCCAAGUCGUUCUCCACCAGGCCCAAGUUCCGCCAACGCGCUGGCAGCAAUGCCGGUGUCGACCUCAAGGCCAUCAAUGCCCGCCUCGAACGCUGGGCCGAUGAGAUCGCCUCUCGCUUCAAACGCAAGGGGAAGAACAUGGCUGGUGAAGAGGAGCGCCUCGAGAUCCACCACUCCGUCUUCCAGGCCCCUGAAGGCGUACGCCCCGUUAGUGCUGAGGGCAUUGCCGCGCCUCAGGAGGGUGUCAUGACCAAAGACGAGUUCGAGGUCAUUGUCGAAAGUGUGAGAUCCGCCAUCCGGCAAGAAGUACACCCCAGCAUGAUCUCGCAAGGCAGUUCUGGCAGUUACUUUGCGCGAAACCCCGACGGCAAGAUUGUUGGUGUCUUCAAGCCCAAGGAUGAAGAGCCAUACGCAGCAGGAAACCCCAAGUGGAACAAAUGGAUUCAUCGAAACCUGUUUCCCUGCUGCUUUGGUCGAGCUUGCCUCAUCCCCAAUCUCUCCUAUGUCAGCGAAGCUGCCGCCUACGUCCUCGACUGUCAAUUGCGAACACAUCUUGUCCCCUACACCGACGUCGUUUACCUCUCCUCCAAGUCCUUCCAUUACCCCUUCUGGGACCGCCGCAAGUUCCACCGCAAGAAGAAGGGUCUGCCCGAGAAACCCGGUAGCUUCCAGGUAUUCCUCAAGGGAUUCAAGGAUGCCAACGUCUUCCUGCGCGAGCAUCCUUGGCCCGAUCAAUACUGGUCCGGCUUCCGUGCAAAUGAUGGCCAGAAGAAGAAGCGGAGGAGGUGGACAGAGAGUUGUCGUCCAUCCAGCGCUGCCUCGCCGGACGAUGCGUACGGUAGCGACGACGAGCAUGGAGGUCAGGAGGGGACUCCUUUGAGCCCAGAUCAUUUCGCCUGGACCGAGAACUUGAAAGAGUCUUUCCGAGAGGAGCUCGAGAAGCUAGUUAUUCUGGACUAUAUCAUGAGGAACACCGACCGCGGAUUAGACAACUGGAUGGUCAAGGUCGACUGGGAAGCGGGCAAGGUCUCGGUUGCUUCGGAUCCCAUCCAGUUGAACAUGGAGACGGUCGCAGAGGAAGAAGGCCCUCGCCCCGUUGACCUAUCCAACUCGCCUCCCCGCGCCACUCGAGCUUCAUAUCCCUACAAGGUCCAAAAGCCAAUGGAUGCUACUAGUCAGCGGCACACCGGACAGGAGCCUGUGAUGAGCCUUGGAGCCAUUGAUAACUCUCUCUCGUGGCCCUGGAAGCACCCAGAUGCCUGGAGAAGUUUUCCAUUCGGUUGGCUCUUCCUGCCUGUAGAUCUGAUCGGGAGACCCUUCUCGCAAAAGACGCGGGACCACUUCCUCCCCUUGCUCACAUCCACAGCAUGGUGGAGCCAGACCACACUCGCCCUAAAAAAGGUGUUCCAGAUGGACGUUGAUUUCCAGGAACGCAUGUUCGCCAAGCAGAUUGCCGUCAUGAAGGGCCAAGCCUGGAACGUUGUUGAGACGCUCAAGACCCCCGAUCAUGGUCCCCUCGAGCUGACACGUCGUGCCAAGGUCUGUGUCUGGGAUGAUCUUGUCGACGUGCCCGUUGCGGUUCCUAUGCAAGCCACGCCAUCAGAGGUCCGCCGCAACCCCCACGUCCGCCAGUCUAUGGACGAGGCAGACAUUGCUAGCUCCGCACCGGCACCAAACGUCCCUGUCACGGACCUCCUCGGCCUCACCAGCCCGCCCGCCGACAUGCCCCAUCCCGGCCGGUUUGAAAUCGCAUCUCCCACGAGUGAUAUUGCCCACUCGCCGCAGGACACGCACAUGACCGAAUCUAACCACCUGGAUCCGGCGGGGCACCCCUUGGAGAGCGGUGAUGCGGCUGAACGUCCCUCAAUCCAACCCAGUGGGUACAGAUCUAGCUACCAAGGCCCGGCCCGCGCCCUCAACAUGUACGAGCCCGCGCGCCAGGGACAGCAGCCGCCGCCGCACCGGCAGCGACGGUACUCGUUUGCUCCGGCAGCUGGUCGCCGAAACAGCAGCACCAUUGCCCAGCAUUUAUACGGUGACACGUAUGACGCCUACGACGAUGAUAUCGAGGGCGAUCUGGGUUACGCUGCGGCUGAAGGCCAGAUGGGCAAUCACCGCAAGGUCAUUGUUGAGCGCCUCGAGGCCGUCAAGAGCAGGAAUCCUGUCUUCACGUGGUGUUAA